AGUCUCGAUCGGGGCCUUUUUACCUGAGCGUCGUAUAAACGCUAAUUUAGGUCAUGGUUGAAAAUACCUCACCGUUUUUGUAAACAGAAAGUGGCCUUUGGUGGAGUCGGGUUAAAUAUUCGAAGGGAUGUGUAAUGUCAGAUUAUAAUUCGCCAUAAGGGACCAUAAUGGAGGAACCGGAUGGGGAACUACCUGUAAUUGAAGUCCAGGAACAGCACAGGAAAGAUGGGACCUACCAUUACUCCUUCACGUACGAACGUGCCACUUUAUACGAGUUCAAAUUCGACCGUGCCCCCAAACCCGCCCAAAAGGACCCGUGUUAUAGGUGUAACCGGAGGGUCUUACCCCCGGAUCAGGUCCGGGUGGACGUUUUGUACCACAGACAGUGCUUCCGGUGUCGAAUAUGUGGUCUUUUGUUGACCAUGCAGACGUUUUACAGGAAUGAUGCCAAUGACACCACGGAUAAAGAGGUGUACUGCAAAUCCCACGUGGGUAAAAACAUUGGACAAGUGAAAUAUGAGCGACAGCCACUAGAUUUUGAUAUUGAGAACAUUUCACAGCAAAGUCAAGUUAACAGCAUCAAGUAUGGCGGAUCUUCCCGGAAGACGAGCCCAAAACCAGUCCCGAGUCCUCGGAACCACAGUCCACGAGGGGGUAGUCCUCUGGGAACCCCCCUAGGACAGAGUCCCUCUGGGUCAAGCAUGGUCAGCGUCACCCCUAGGACGAUGAAUGGCAGCACGUUUUAUUCGCAUGCUCCAAAUAUGACAGAUUUUAACACCUCUUAUGGAUCCUCCACUGGGUAUUAUCGACCAAGACCAGUUCUUCAGUCUUUCCAAGACUUUGAAACUAGUGGUGUGUUCGAAGCUCAGUCUGUUCUGGAAUCGAGGCACAGAGAGGAAGAAGAAAGAUUACAGAGAUUUCUGCUGGAGGAAAGAGAAAAAGAGAUGCGGAAACUUGACGACACAAUUUCCUCCGAGAAAGAUCGGGCUGCGGCAGACUUGCUCAGUAGCUUCGAACACAUGUCAAUGUCGGGGUCUACCCCAAAUCUCAUGGCGGAAAGAGAAAGAAUUGAGGAUCACUUCCGGCGCACGCGCGAAGAGAAGCUGAAAGUUAUGAUGGAUAAGAUUGCGACAGAAGAAAAAACAAGAACAGCGAAAAUGUUGGAUAGACACGGACAAGAAAUGCUGUUGUUAAUUGCUAAGAAGGAUAGGGAGGUAGACAGAAGCGCAUUGUUCGACCAUUCCAUGAAGCCACCCGUAAUGCCUCCAGAAACAAAGAAAGCGGAUCUCUACAAGUCACCCGAGGUCUUCAAAAAGCUUGACGAGAGGGCAAUAGAGCUGACCAACAAGGACUACAGUAGCUAUACAGAUUUGGUCAAAGACCUUACAAGAGAUUGUCAAACAGAACUGGAGAAAGUCAGGGUGAUUUUCCGAUGGGUAAUUGCCAAAGAUCUGGGAAAACACAAUGUGAAGGAGAUUGUCCGCCCCAACUCCACGGCCUCUCUUCUCCGGGGGGUCAGGACCGGAAAAGAAACUUACCACCAGCUGUUUAAGAAACUCUGCAACUUUGCAGGUCUCCAUUGUGAGAUAAUCUUGGGUUACUCUAAAGGAGCCGGAUAUAAGCCGGGUAUGAGAAUGGAUGGAACCUCUUUCCGGAACUCCUGGACCGCAGUCUCCAUUGACGGGAACUGGCGCCUUGUCAACUGCACCUGGGCGGCACGGCGAGUAACAGGGCACAAGGACGACCUGCCCGAGAUCUUCUACAAGUAUGACGAGUUCUAUUUUCUGACGGACCCCGAGGAUCACAUUUAUCAGCACUACCCAGAUGACUCACAAUGGCAACUAAUUGACAUACCAUUGCCUUUCUCAGAGUUUCUCAAUUUGCCUGUCGUCAAGUCACCAUUUUUCAAUUAUGGACUUCGUUUUUACUCUAAUUACGGCGCGACAUUAACGACAGAUUCCGGCAUGGUUGAAAUUCGUUUGAUUUCAUACAAGAUUUUAGGCUUUGGUCAUGUACUGGAGUCCUACGAUAAAUCAGUGGAUACAAGGUCACUUGAAGGUCGCGUACUUCUUCGCCAUGUCAAAAACGAAGCCAUAUUUACCAUUAACUUGCCAAGAAAAGGACUGUAUUACUUUUCCAUUUACACGGGCGAUUACUGGCAUUCGGAUUGCCUUGAGAGUGCUGCGUCAUUCCUAAUCAACUGCACUGACGUAAUUGGAGCUCCUUCACCCCCAUACCCCCCAGUACCAUUUUACGGACCAACCCCAAUGAUGGACACUUUGCAGAUAGAAACAAGCAAUCAGCUGGACCCGUUGAUCGUGUCCAAUGGAGAGUCACUGGACAUCACUUUUAAACUUUCGAAAGAUGUUAAAAUUACGCACACGUUUCAGUACUUUGAUGCUAGUGAUAGCUCGGUUUCAGAUAUAGACCGGUAUGUAUUCCUGCGCUCGAGAACAGACACCGGAGCAACUUAUAUGGUCAGGUGUCCAAAAGAAGGCUAUUAUAUCUUUUCUCUGUAUGCUGCCGACGAAAACAACGAGACUUUAGAUUGUGUGUAUAGGUACUUAGUUAUAUGCCAACAGGCAAACCAAGCAACAAACGUUUUCCCCAAAACAUUCCACAAAUGGCAGAGGUGCACACUGCACGAGCCCGUGUACGGGGACCUCAUGACCAACAAACGGUAUUCCUUCCGCUUAGAUGUCCCACAGGCAGUGGAGGUGUUCCUAGUUAUCGGCGACAUUUGGCAUCAUCUGAAGCGGAAGUUGGGUUUCACAUGGGAAGGUAAUAUCAACACUGGAAAAAACCCGGGAACUGCUAAAAUCUACGCCAGGUUCUCUGUAGACCGAGAUGCUUCGACUUUCUCGCGUCUGCUUGACUAUGAAUUGAUUGAGGAUGCGGAAACAGAGAUAUAGCUACAUGUAUGCAUUUAAUGAUUAUUUAUUCAAUUGUAUGUUGUGAUUAUAUUUGUUGAUUUUGUUUAUGUCAUUUGCUAGAGAAGUGCUCCAUUCUUAAUUUAGUCAUACCUAAAUGUCUCAUUAUUAUAUGCUUUUGUGAAAUUUUUGUGAAAUUAAGUUACUGAAUAAUAAAAAUGCUUUUAUUG